GUAAGUGAAUAAAAGCUCCUCCUCCUCCUCCUCCUCCGCGGAGGCUCUGACCGGUCGGUGGACUCAGUGUUCCGGUGAUGCCUCCAUGGAGCUGCUCCUCUGACACGCCACCGGAGAGCUUGUGGAAGCUGGUCGCGCAUAAAGAUGGAGGAGAACUGAUUCGUCGUGUUGGCAGAUUUAAAUCGAGAUUCUCUUUUUCACAACUUUUUGGGCCGAUUAUCAGAAGAUGGAUCGAUCGUUCUGGAAAACGCGUGAGUUCGAUUUCACGGGUUAGCCCGACCGCGCGCGAUGCUGCUCCCGCUGCUGUGCGCGUGGCUGUGCAGCGAGGCCGCGGCGACUCAGCUCCACCGGCACACACCGGAGACCACGUUCAGUCCUCAUCGCGGGGCCACCGCCGCGGACGGGAACGCGCAGAGCCGGAGAUGGCGCACAGUCACCGGGGAGGACAAUGGAGGCACGCGCGGCGCGAGCGCGCAGUCCUCGUGGCUGGAUUCUGUCGACCCGGCAUCCUCCGACCUGCUCGGGACGCAGAUGCCCCGGCGCGCCGCGCGUAAAAGCGACGCGCCAAACGGAGCGCGGCGCGCCCGACAGCUGCUGUCCGGAGAGGGAGCUUUACGCGCGGAUGUGAACCAGGCCGGGAGCGGUGGAUGCCGCCCGGGAGACGCGCUCAGGCGCGCGUGUCGCCUCGGGAGGAGCGGGCGCGGCCGGCGGCGCAGGAGGAAGCGCAACGACGGAGCCGCCGUGGCGCAGGGGCAGGAGGCCGGACCCGCCUUCGGACUCACCAACGGCAGCGACUACGAGGAGGAGGACCCGCCGCCGGACGCCACGCCGCUCGCGCCGCUGAACCCGCGCACCACCCGACGGAAGCGGCUGCACAACCCGUUCUACCCGCUCACCGCGGGCGCGGUCGGCGCUUACGCGGUCGCCAUCGCCGCCGCCGUCCUCUUCGGCGUGGGCGUCAUCGGGAACGUGUCCGUCAUGUGCAUCGUGUGCCACAACUACGACAUGAGGAGCGUCUCCAACUCGCUGCUGGCCAACCUCGCGCUCUGGGACUUCGUCGUCAUCUUCUUCUGCCUGCCGCUCGUGGUGUUCCGCGAGCUCACCGGGGACUGGCUGCUCGGGGACUUCUCGUGCAGGAUCAUCCCGUACCUGGAGUUCCCCCCCUCCCCACCAGGUGGCGUCUCUGGGGGUCACGACCUUCACACUCUGCGCCCUGUGCAUCGACCGCUUCCGCGCCGCCGCCGACGUGCGUCUGUACCACGAGAUGAUGGAGAACUGGGCGUCGACCGCGGCCAAGCUGGCCAUCAUCUGGGCCGGCGCUCUGCUGCUGGCGCUGCCCGAGCUGCUGAUCCGCCAGCUGGAGAGCGAGGGCGGCGGCCCGGCGGCGGCGCCGUGCGAGCGCUGCGUGGUCCGCAUCUCCACCGACCUCCCGGACACGCUGUACGUGCUCGGCCUCACGUACGACGGCGCCCGCCUCUGGUGGCACUUCGGCUGCUACUUCUGCCUCCCGACGCUCUUCACCAUCGGCAGCUCGCUGGUCACGGUGCGCAAGAUCCGGAGCGGCGCCCGCGGCGGCGCCGGCCGCGAGCAGAUCCGUCUGGAGAGCCGGAUGAACUGCGCCGUGGUGGCGCUGGCCAUCCUCUACGGCUUCUGCAUCAUCCCGGAGAACAUCUGCAACGUGGUGGGCGCCUACAUGGCGGCCGCCGUCCCCCGGAGGACGCUGGACGUACUGCAGCUGAUCAGCCAGAUGUUCCUCUUCUGCAAGUCGGCGGCGGCGCCGGUGCUGCUGUUCUGCCUGAGCCGGCCGUUCAGCGGCGCGCUGAUGGACUGCUGCUGCUGCUGCUGCGGCGAGAGCGGCGCGGCGCGGCGAGAGCGGCGCGGCGUCCCCGUCGCCGGGGGCGACGACGACGACGAGUCCGCCGCCGCCGAGCUGGAGCUGUCGCCCUUCAGCACCAUCAGCAGGGAGGCGUCCGCCUCCUGCGCGGCGACACACUGUUGAGGUCAAAAGAGGUCAAAGGUCAGCCGCGUCGGGGGGGCGGAGGCGUGUCUACUGACGGACGCCGUGAACACGGGAGGUUUCAGCUCACAGCUUUGAAGCGUUCGGUUAUUUUGAGUCCCUUCUGGUUGUCGUGACGACGUGACGAGGAAGAGAGGACAUCUUUAAAUGGCGAUGCUGUAGUUCAGGGGUCGGUAAGUUCUUCCAUUGAAAUAGACAAUACGCAUUUCAAAAACAUUCCAAUCUGAAAUGUUGUCCUCCAUAUAUCUACAUUCAUACAUUUACUUUAGACUUUUUUUUUGCACGUUCAGUUAACUUGUUGCUAAGUGCUAAGCUAAUUUAUUUAAGAAAAUACAUCACUUUAAAACCAGGAAAAGAAG